AUUACUGCCCUGGGCAUGGACGCCUUCAUCAAGGCCAUGAAGAAGGUUCUAAGCAGUGUGUCGAAUGAGAUGCUAAAGGAGCUGUUUUUGAAGGUGGACUCAGACUGUGAAGGCUUUGUCACCUGGCAAAAGUAUGUGGAUUACAUGAUGCGUGAGUUCCAGGGAAAAGAGGACAUGCAAAAGAGCCAGUACCGCCUGCACUUCUACCUUCCCAUGAGGGUCGUCCCCCUGAACCAUGGCUGUGAGGUGGUGAAGGUGGUGUUUUUAAUCCACCGGUUCAAGAAGAUCGGGUGUUUCCUGACUGUCACCAAAGACGGCAUCCUGCAGUUCUGGUCUGAGUCCUUCUCGCUGAUCAGCACCUUUAGGCUUAACCAGACCCAGCAGCUCUACAACCAGCCGAUGUGGGUCGUCGACAUGGUAUGUCUGCACAAUAUGAACCUCAUUGCAGUUGCGUCUACCAAGCAAAAGAUAGAUUUCUUUGAUAUUAGUGACCGCAAAUGUGUCCCGGCCUUCACCUUUAUUGAUCUGGACAGCUGUGCCCUGGUCAUGGACUACUGGUCUGACUAUCACAGAGGUGUAUUCUGCUAUGGGGACGCCAAAGGCAAUGUCAUUGUCUUCACCUCCGAAAACGUGACCAGUGGGCUGUUCAACCCCCGUAUUCUCCCCAGGGCCUCCAAGUGGGAUCACUGGAUCAAAGUUUCCAUGCGGAAACUCUUAAAUGAGAAGUCUUCUUUGUAUAGAAGCUACCGGCUGAAGAGGCACAGGCUCCUCUGCUGUUCCCUGAAUGCGCUCAGCCCCUUCCCGCCUCUGUGCCUCGGCAUGUGCUGCGCCUUCAGGCUGCAGGCCUCUCCCCGAAGGCUCUCCAUCCCAACUGGUGUCAGCAGGUCAAGUUCAUCCCCCAGAUGAACCUGGUGGUCUCCUGUUCAGCCGUCGAGAAGUCCUCUCUGGUGCUGACAGUAUUGCCAGCCAAAGCCUCUGAAAAACCCAAGUAAGA